AUGCUCGCGCGAGGCGCGCGGGUGGGCCUCGGAGGUCAGUGGGUGGUGGAGCGGCUCAUCGGGCGCGGCGCCUUUGGCGACGUCUUCUGCGCGACGCACGCGGUGAGCGGCGCCGCCUCUGCCGUGAAGGCCGAGGCGGUGGCGAGCCGGCGGCUGCUCCGUGAGGACCAGGCCUACGGAAUGAUCCACAGCGCGUCGGGCGGCGCCGCGGCCGGCUUCCCGCGCGUGCACUGGUGCGGCGAGGGCGAGGGCGUCGGCGGCGCGCGGCUGCGGCUGCUCGUGCUGCAGCGGCUCGGCCCGAGCCUCGAGGAGGCGCGGCGCGCCUUUGGGGGCGCGCUGCCCGUCCGGCUGCUCGCACGCCUCGGGCGCGACAUGCUGCGCAGGCUCGAGUGGGUGCACGCGCAGGGCCUCGUCCACUGCGACGUCAAGCCGGGGAACCUUCUGUGGCCGCCGCCCUGCCGGCGGGGGAUUGUCGGCUCCGCGCGCUUCAGCUCGCUGCCCAACCACGCCCUCGCGCCCCUCGGGCCGAGGGACGACGUCGAGGCGCUCGGUUACACGCUUGCCUUCCUCGGCACGGGGUCCCUGCCGUGGGCGAACGCGGCGCCGCCCUCCCGCGCCGCAGAAGCCGCGAGGAAGGCCGCGGCACCCGCGGCGCCGCCUGCGGAGGAGGAGGCGCAGAGGCAGGCGCGGCAGGCGGAGAAGCGGAGGCGCUUCGAGCGGAUCGGCGAGAUCAAGGCCGCCGCUGCCGAGGACGAGAUCGCCGCCGGGCUGCCGGGCGAGUUUGCCGAGCUGCUGCGCGCGGCGAGGGCGCUGCAGCAGGGCGACACGCCCGACUACGAGGCGCUGCGCCAGCUGCUGCUGCUGCCAGAGGCGAGGGCGGCCACGGCGGCGGGGGCCAGCGUUGGCGCGCAGGGUGGUGCGCGGGCGCGCCGCGUCGCGAUCGCGCAGCGUAGGCCGGCCCCGCCCAUCAGGCGGCGUCGGUUGGAGGCGCGGCGUGGGCCGCGUUUUGUCCCGUGA